UUCAAUUUCGAUAGUCUAAACUUUUGGCUUUAGAAUUUUCUUAUUUUUAGAUUAUUUUCAUUAAUUUAUUUAAUCAUGUCUCAACCUAAAGGCUGUGCCAAACCUCUAGUGCUAAACGAGCUGUUGAUACAAAAUGUGAACACGUGGGGCAAUGUCCAGUACAACAUACCCUUGCGGUUGUCCAACAAUGAGACCAGGACGGCAGCCAGCAUCGCUCAUCGCCACAUACCAGCUAUACCGCAUAGCUUGGACUGCAAAAUCGAUGAUCCGCUCCCCGAAAGAGUAUGCGGCCGCGACAUGGUGGUCGAGAAAGAGACCUACAAGACGACCACCGGCGAGUAUUGCGUCAAACCAAACCCUAACAAGGCCAUGGAGAGGGCCGACUGCUCCAUCAACUGCAGGCGGGUCAUCUUUAUGACGGGAGUGGAGAAACGGUUGCAAGGAAAAAGCAUCGUUCAACCUACAAUGAUAUCCGAGAUGAAGGAUAAUUUCAGAGGCGUGAUGGAGCAAGCGACAAUGCCACCCGAGAUCACCGUUAGGGCACCAGACCCUGAAUAUAUUUUUGAUGUCGUGGCAGCUGGUCGGAAUGAAGCUCCUGUAAUAUCUGACAGCGCUGGUGGAUUCCGAAGACUGUUGGACCCUUACGUCACCACAUAUAGGGCGUGCCAUAAACCGUUUUCCGUCGAGGAUCAAUACGGGAUCGGCGCUAAGGAUCAGAUCACAUUUUACUCGGCUUUCAAUUUGCCCAAGGUGAGAGGCUUCGGACCGCGCCAUCAAGAGAUCUGGAUGCCACUAACGUCCAAGGUCCACAGGGGUGUCUACGACAGGAUCCACGUCAAGAAGGAGUACAAGGAAGUGGCUGCGUGCCACAACCCUGUCAAUAACAUCAAGGGCGUGUUCGAAUCAGAGAUGAAGAAGAAAUACAAGAUACCAUUCGCGUAUUCAUCUCUCGCAUCCUGGGGCCAUGGAGAGAAUUUCGACCUAGCCCCCUUCCCACCAAACCCCUACCAGACCAAUAUCGCGCCGUUUAUGUACUGCAGCGAUUACUGCCAUAUUGCUCAAGGAACCCCACCGUAUACGGUCAUAGACCAGCUCCAACACAAGUUGCCUGUGCAUAAAAAGUGUAUGAAGAGGAUGAUCGUUUCAAGGGAUUAUGAUCCUUAGAAAAAAGAGCAGUGUCUGAAAUCCAAUGAUAAGAUUGAAAUUCCAACAUUAGGUACAUUAUGGAAAACAAGUGAGGAUCGAUACUUUAUUUUCCGACCCUCAUUUGUUUUCCUGAUGCUUUUCUAUUUUUAUAAAUGUUUGUAAAUACCUAGGUAUUUUAAAGAUGUGCAUGUGGAUUGAGUGAUCCUUGCUUGAAUCUUAACAAAAAUCGAGGAAGUUUUACUUAAAAUAUGUUAAAACAUUGCGAUGAAGUUUAAAAAUUUGUUAAACCUAAGAUAAAAAUGUUAUGGCCAAUAAAUAGGAGCACUCAUACCGCACGCUUUAAGAAAACGUCAACAUGUUUAUUUCAGAAAAUAAAGCCUUUCCACUUCUUUUUAUAGUAUUGAAAAAUUGUUAAGAAUAUGUUAAAACUAUUAACAAAUUCAGAAAUUCCUUGCACGUCCCGUUCCAAAGUUAUGACGAUUAUUUAGGAUCACUCACACCGCACACGGGCCGUAUGAGUGCUCUUCAAAAUAAUGACUUUUUAUUAAUAAAUACGUUUUAUUUCUGUUGGGAAAUGUGUGCAAACUGACGAGCGAAUUUGUUAAAGAAUAAGUGUGACAAAAUUUAAAAGCUGAAGGAAGAAAUUAACCUUUAUUCUUUCCUCCAAUAUGCCGUGUGAGUGAUCCUUACUUUUACCUCUAUCUGCUCAUAUGUAGUUCGUAGGCAGACUGAGAUAGUAUCUAAAAUUGUUAAUUGUUUUUAACAAUUAUUUGGCAUAUAUUUUGCUUUUAUUAAGGUCAUAAUUUAAGAAAUAUCAGGCUUAGAUGAUUCCUAAAGGAAAAUGUUGAUUAGGGUACAUAUGAUUUUUUAUUUUGUGAGACUGUUCCGAUUUGUCAGACGUGACAAUGCAAAACCAAUGCAAUCUAAUAUGUAGUAGGUUUAGGGGCCUCCGCUAAAACUCGCGGGGGGCGUCCGUCGCCGCGGUCGGCAGUAGCGCGAGUUUUAGUGGUUUACCCCUACAUCUUGAAUGAUAGAAAUAAAGAAACAUUACAAUUGUUUAUAGGAUUGAACUCAAAUUUGACUUGUAAUAUGAAUUGAGAAAGAUACUCACGGUUUUAUUUAAAUAAAUUACAAAUUUCUCAACAAAACUGUUUUUUUUUGGUUGGACUAUAAAAUACGAUAAAAUAAUAUUAUUAAAUCUCACAUGUAAACUUCCGAGGAAUCGAAACAGUCUCUCAAAAUAAAAAAAUCAUACGUACCUACCCUAAUCAACAUUUUCGUUUAGGAAUCAUCUAAGCCUGAUAUUUCUUAAAUUAUGACCUUAAUAAAAGCAAAAUAUAUGCCAAAUAAUUGUUAAAAACAAUUAACAAUUUUAGAUACUAUCUCAGUCUGCCUACGAACUACAUAUGAGCAGAUAGAGGUAAAAGUAAGGAUCACUCACACGGCAUAUUGGAGGAAAGAAUAAAGGUUAAUUUCUUCCUUCAGCUUUUAAAUUUUGUCACACUUAUUCUUUAACAAAUUCGCUCGUCAGUUUGCACACAUUUCCCAACAGAAAUAAAACAUAUAUUUAUUAAUAAAAAGUCAUUAUUUUGAAGAGCACUCAUACGGCCCGUGUGCGGUGUGAGUGAUCCUAAAUAAUCGUCAUAACUUUGGAACGGGACGUGCAAGGAAUUUCUGAAUUUGUUAAUAGUUUUAACAUAUUCUUAACAAUUUUUCAAUACUAUAAAAAGAAGUGGAAAGGCUUUAUUUUCUGAAAUAAACAUGUUGACGUUUUCUUAAAGCGUGCGGUAUGAGUGCUCCUAUUUAUUGGCCAUAACAUUUUUAUCUUAGGUUUAACAAAUUUUUAAACUUCAUCGCAAUGUUUUAACAUAUUUUAAGUAAAACUUCCUCGAUUUUUGUUAAGAUUGAAGCAAGGAUCACUCAAUCCACAUGCAC